AUGCUCGCAGCACCGUCGUCGUCCGUCGUGGUCUGUCGUCGCCGUCGGCCGCACGCCGUGUGUACUUGCUACUUGCGCCCUGCGCCGCGGUCGCCGUCGUCGCCGUCGUCGGCGUCGUUGCCGUCGUCGUCGCCGAUGCGUGCGCACCGAUGUGUGCACAUCGAGGCCCUCCGACAGCCCGGGCCGUUCACCAUGGCCGUGCUGCGCCGGCCGGCGGCCCCGGGCCCGGCGCCGGAGCCCGGCGCGCUGCGGGCGCACUGCGAGCGGGCCCUCGACGCCUUCUUCGCGGAGCAGAGCCCGCUGCUGACGCCCGAGCGGGAGCGCGCCUUGCGUGGCGCCUUCGACGGCGAGGCGCGACCCCUGGCCGAGGCCUACGGCCUGCUGUUCGCAGGCGCUGAGCGGGACGAGUACUCGCUGGAGGACUUCCUUGAGGACGCGGCGGCCUGCGCGGGCUCACGUGGGGACCCGGGCAGGAUGAGCGCCGACGAGGCGGUGGAGUUCCUGCGCAGCAACCAGUGA